AUGCUGUCUUUUGUGUUUGCCAUAUCUACUAAAUCGAAAGACUAUGUUAAACAUCAUGUACCAAGAUACCUACAGCAAUAUGUACAAUUGGGCACAAUGACCAACAAUCGUAGUUCACCAUUGACAGAUGUAGAACUUACACCGAACGUAGCGGAAUUUGCUGAUCGUUCUGGAUUUGUUAUUUAUAUCGAAAUAUUACCAGUUCUUGUAACGGAUAAAAUCGAAUCGAUUAAAAAGCAACUAAAACUUUAUCCAAGAUUUGCAAAUGUUGAAUUGAAAUCAUUAGAAAACUCGAUCGGACUAAUGGAUCAACAAACUUCGGACCUACUAUGGAAAUAUUUAUCAGACUCCCUUUCGGACAUACAAUCACAACAACAAGAUGAUAAUACUUUAACGGACUAUGCGAUCCAAAGUGAAUCAACGUUGAUGAUGACACUUCGCUUUAAGUGA